AUGGAGAAGAAGAAAGAGAGGUCAUUGACCUCCAUUCUUGGGAAGGAGCCAGCGAUUGGAAAAAAGAAGAAGGGCAGAAGCAAGACCUCCAGCUCCAUGGACGCCAGCAUCGAGCCGUCCGUUCGCUCCAAGGCCAAUCCAAGCAUCGUCCUUGUUGACCCGCUUGUGAGGGCAAAGCAGCAGGUGCGAGCACUGCCACCCCCGCCUCCGCCUCGGCGUCUACCUGACAACAAAGGUAUCGGCGCGCGGGCGGCAGCUGUUGUUGCAUCCGGCUGGACCGGCUCCGCGAACACCUCCGUCACGCCUACUUCUUCGGCUGAAGCUGAGUCCUGGGAACAUGAGCUGGAAGAGGAUCGUGUCCAGGAGCAGGAUGAGGAAGAGAAGGAUGAGAAUGUGUAUGUGCCUGCUGAUGAGUCCGAGUCUGAGGAAGAAGAGAACUCGUAUGAUCUUAGAGAUGACAUGUCAGAGGAUGAAAUGGAUAUUGUUCAGUCCCCUGGAGGUGAGACUGGUGUGUUUGUUGUUAGUUCAGAAGAAGACAAUGCAAGAACAGGAGAGAAACACAAGAAAGGGGUGAAAGUCAAGCGCAAGGUCACUACCAAGGGCAGUAGCAAGUCCAGUACUAGCAGGGAGAGUUCAGAUUGUUGGACUUUUUUUGAGAAGGUGAUGGUGAAAUCAGAAAAGGAUCCUAAGGUUGAAGAGUUGAAGGCAAAGUGCAUGCAUUGCCACAAUUUAUACAUAUAUGUUCAAGGUUCAAGCACCACAACACUUAAUAGGCAUAUGAAGAAGUGUAAGAUCUUCAAGAACAAGGUUGCGACGAAACUUAUACAAUCACGGCUUGGGUACAAGCCGUCCAAUGUUAGAGGUGAAUCCGGUCUUCCUCUAGGUGUGCCAUCCAAUGGGUAUGAGCACACAACUAUGAAGGAGUUGAUUGCAAAAAUGGUGGCUGUCCAUAACUACUCAUUCAGGAUGGUGGAACAUGAGUGGUUCAAUAUUGUGAUGAAGUACUCGAACCCGCUAUAUCAAGAAAUUGGUAGGAAGGCAAUAAGAGCUGAGUGUUUGAGGGUUUUCAAUAAAGAGAAGGAAAUCCUUAAGGCAGCCCUGAAGAAUGUGGACCACAUUAGUCUCACUACAGAUAUGUGGACAAGUAACCAAAUCAUUUCUUAUAUGUGUGUAGUGGCACACUAUAUAGAUAAACAUUGGAGGAUGCAGACUCGUGUGCUUGCGUUCAUGGAGUUGGACCCCCCUCACAGCAGAAACGUCAUGGCUGUUGCGUUGUUUGAAUGUGUGACUGAAUGGAAGAUAGAAAACAAGAUAGUGUCCAUCACACUAGACAAUGCAUCAAACAAUGAUUCAGCUGUUAGAGAUUUGAAGGCAAUGUUUUCUGUUCGAAGAGGGACAGACUUUGAAGCCAAAUAUUUCCAUGUCCGGUGUUGUGCUCACAUUGUCAACUUGGUAGUGCAGGAUGGGACAGCCUGCAUGAGCACUUUGGUAACGAACCUAAGGGAGACAGUGAAGUACUUCAAGAAGUCCCCUUCCCGGCUGCACAAAUUUGUUGAGAUUUGCAGGAGUUUAGGCCUUAAAAUUGGAGCGCAUUUGACCCUAGAUGUUUGCACGAGGUGGAGUUCUACAUACAAGAUGUUGGAAACUGGCCGACCAUAUAGGCAAGCCUUGGUGUCUUAUGCUGAUUCGGAUGCCAACUACAAGUGGAAGCCUACAAACAAAGAAUGGGAUAUGUUUCAGCUUAUUGAACCAUUGUUGUUUGCUUUUGCUAGAGUGACUACAGCCUUUUCGGGUCAAUCAUAUCCCACCGCCAACAUAUUUUACCCCCACAUUGUGAGUAUCAAAAUUGCUUUGAGAAAAGCCAUGGUUCAUAAGGACAAAACCUACAAUGCUAUGGGACAUGCUAUGAUGGACAAGUUCAACAAAUAUUGGGAAGAACCAAACAAUGUCAUGGUUCUUGCCACUUUCCUGGAUCCAAGGUACAAAAUGAAGUACGUGGAUUGGUGCUUUGGGCAGAUCUAUGAUGAGGAUAUGGCUGAAACUGAGUUGUCUGCAUUGAAGAAAGAUUUGGACAAGUUGUAUCAGAAAUUUGAUUCUCAAAAGAGGCAAGCUGAACCUCAAUGCAAGAAUACUUGCAAUACAAGUACCUCAAUGCCACCUGCAGAUUCUGAGUUUCUCUCAUUCUUAUCAUCCACUUCUACAAAACGAUCUAAGAGUGAAUUGAGAAACUAUAUGGAUGAUGCAAAUGAGGGUAUGGUUGCCACUUUCAAUCUGCUAGAGUGGUGGAAGGAUGUGGAAGAAGAUGAUGAGGAGGAGGAUGUGGAGAAGGUCAAAUUGCCUAAAAGUGUGGCAGAUUGCAACUACUAG